AUGUCGACACCUUGGAUAUUUAAAAAACUUUUCGCCGUGGCUGGCGGAGCAACAGCAACCGUUUUAGUUGUGACGUAUACUGGGCAACUUUAUAAAAUGAAUUACCAGAUCGAUGAAGCAGAUGCUUUUGCUAUUCGGAAGAUCAACGCAGCUUACGUAGAACUCCAAAAAGAUAAGAAUUGUAAUUCGUUGCUAAAGAAAAAUUUGACACCUAAACUUUUACAAAAAUUGGAAAACAAAAAGACAAAACUGGGUGCUUCUCUUUACGACAUAAUUCGUUCUGGUUUGCACAACCAGGCGAUUGGUAUAUAUGUACCGGAUCCUGAAUCUUAUCACAAAUUUGCUUCUCUUUUCGACAAAAUUCUAGAGGAUUACCAUGGAUUCAAAUCAGGAGCAAAGCAACCAGCAGUUGAUUUUGGAGAAAAAAAAAUCAGCGAAUUCUCAUCUCUUGAUCCUACUGGAAAAUAUGUCCACUCAGUUAGGAUUCGCUGUGCUCGUUCUAUUGCUGGUUAUCCAUUUAACCCACUUUUGAGUGCAGACGAUUACAUCAUUCUGGAACAGAAGUUUAAGGUGAAAAAUGCACUAAUGCAAAUCGAGGAAUCUGAAUUACGUGGAAUCUAUCAUUCUCUGAAUGGAAUGUCGAAAAAAACGCAGGAUGAACUUGGCAGUAAACAGCUUCUAUUCAGUAACAAUAGUUCUUUAUUAAAACAUUCAAAUGCUUACAACGCCUGGCCAGAGGGGCGUGGAAUUUUCCACAACGAAGACAAAUCUUUUUUGGUAUGGGUUAAUGAGGAAGAUCAUAUUAGCAUAAUCUCGGUUGAAGAAGGAAGUGAUGUUGGCAAGGCUCUUGCUCGCUUAAUACGCGGUUUGAAGGCACUGGAAGGAAAGCUAACGUUCGCUCGAGAUAAUCGACUUGGUUGGUUAACAGCAAACUCUAGCAAUCUUGGUUCUGCAAUUAACGCUUCAGUACAAAUAUGCUUGCCGAAACUGAGCAAAAAAUCCGACUUUAUGGAAAUAUGCGAAAAGCUGAAUUUGCGCAUUAGUUCCGCAAAUAUUAAUUCGUCUGGGCUAUCGAAUGAAUACUAUUUCAUAUCAAACAAGAAAAGCCUUGGUCUAACGGAGUAUGAAGCAGUCAAACAAAUGUACGAUGGUAUAAAAGAGCUAAUUCGAAUAGAGGAGCAUUUAUAA